GCGACGCACUCUGUUGUGGCUGGCUGGACGCUGGCUGAGCAUGGCAGCUCUCCGUCCCGGUGAAAGUAAAGUGUUCGGUGUCCUUGUGUUCCGUCAGAGAGCGGAGCAGCUACGGCGGGUGUCGGAACUUAAGCGGAGCUGACCGUCACCACCAUCCUCCUCCUCGGGCGUCAGGAAGCACCUCCCCCCCGCCACCGCCGCCUCCUGUGGGUGAUCCCCGGCAUGUGGAGCCGCUUUCUCCUUGAAUGACCUACACGCCACCUCUGCCAGGAGCACUCGGUUCAUCCCCUGUGGUCGGGAGUUUGUAUUUACGCACACGCAGCGGGCAACAGGUCACAGCGAGUCUCCUGCAGGCGUCGGGCCGACUCCGGAGCAGCUGACCCGGUCUACGAAGUCGGCUUAUUCCCACCGUGGCAGCGUCUGGAGCUGCGGAGCGGACGGAGGAGCGCAAGUUGCGGAGCUCACAGUGAAUGUUCGGACCCGACCUAUAACUACCACAGACCCUGCGGAGCUUCGUGGCGUUCACAUGAUGUACACAAUCACCAGAGGUCCCAGCAAACUGGUUACACAACGGAGGACAGGUCCAACACAACAGGUCGAGAGCAAAUUCACCGACUUAAAACUCAAGCCGACGUCGUGGCUCACGUCAAACUCUCCGCCCCCAAAGAUCGUGUUCAACCGUCCCAAUGGGAAGCGCUACCACAGUGCAGCCACACCGAAGGCCGAGACCUCCGCCGAGGGAUUCACUCCUGCACACGAGGAGAACGUCAGAUUUGUGUAUGAAGUAUGGCAGGAGGUGGAGCAGAAGCUGGAGGACAGAGACGGUGGAGAAUCAGCCAACAGCCAGGGGCCCGUUCAGUACACUGAGAAGACCCCCAGUACUGCGAUGAAGAACUUUGUGCCCAUAGACCUGGAGGAGUGGUGGGCUCAGCGCUUCCUCGCCAACAUCGCCAACCUGUCAUGACUGGUUGAGGCUUUGAGCCGGGACACGAAGCACCGCGUUGAUGCUCCAUCGGUGAAUCAGGGUGGAAAAUAGGCGAGUCCGUCUCCAGGAUCUGCAGUGUUGUGCGUAAUUUGGAAUCUGAUUUGACGCCCUGCGCUUCACGCUGCUAUAGAGAAAUCUGGGUGCACAACAUGAAGCCGCCAGCCUCCCCAAUGCAACAACAGCGACCUGACUGUGAACUCUGGACAGCAUUGUUUUUUUUGUUGAGCGACUUUGAAGGACCCGUCUCUCUACUUGAAUGACGUAUCAGAUAGAAGCUGUGAGGUUUUUCUUGUUCAAGAAUCUGCCUCCUUUCUCAAGUGUGCUCAGCUCUCUGUGUACAUCUUGGCUGAUCUUUGGAUAAAAAGCUACCGAAGAGCAAAAAAAGUAAAAUGUUUUUCAAAAAAAACUUCCUGUGUGAUGGGAUUGCUUUUCAAUCAGUUAGACCAUAUUGUGUUGGCUUGGUUGUAUAUUACAACAAGUCGCUGAGUCACUUUUGCAUCAUUAGAUACGAAAUGAGAUGACAAAGGUUCUACAAAACAUAUUUCAGAUAUGAAAGUGUUUUGUCUGUAAUAAGUGUAGAGUAACCACCGAAGUGAUUAUGCUGCACUCGUUAAUUUAAAAGGUUCACCACCUCAGUUGUCUGAGGAAGUUAUCAGUUUAAGCAAAAUCUCUAGGAGACUCUGAUUGAAAUAUAGUUGAUCAGUCUGAUAUCUGAAAGUCUAGAAUUCUCGAUUAACACUGACUUCAGUUCUCACACACAGAAACACACAAGACCAUGAAUUGGCCGAAAUGAAGAUGUUAACUGUUCUACUAAAACAAUACAGGUGAGCACACACAGGUGUGCGUGCGUGAUCCAAAUGGGGCAUAAGCCCAAGCCUGCCAACUUGUGAUCAGACCUUAGAGUGAGAAUUGGUUUCUGCAGGAUGCUGACAGGGGUCUGGAGGCCCUCCCCCAGAAAAUUUAGAAAAUUAUUGAUCCUAUUUCCUGCAUUCUGGUGUAAUUUAAGAGCAUUUUGCCUGUUAAAAUCCAUAUUAUAGAGAUAACAUUAAGGGAUAAUAAAAAAAACAAAAAAACAUUGAGCUUAAAAAAAGGAGGAAAAAAAACAGCAUGGGCAGGCAGUAUUGAAAAUGGUUCAUGUAAAAUACUGAUGAAAGUUCUGUGGCUGGAUGUGCACAACACAUUUCAGUAUUUUCCAUAAAUAUCUGCAUAAUUGAAAUAACUCCAGCAACCACUUUGUAACAUUUGUCUUGGAGGAUUUUAAUGCACACACCCAACAACUUCAAGUUGACCACAUCAGCCAACUAAACAAUAAAAAGUGCUUAAGCAAAAACAAAACAUAUCUUCAUAACUUAAAUUAUCCAUACACUGAACAGAAUUACAAUCAGACACUAAACUCUGUCCCACAGGAGCAGGGUGACAUGGACUAAAAUCAGGACUAAACCAGGUCUGACUGGACCUCACAGGAGCAGGGUGAAUAACUUAUUAGCUAGGCCCAAAAAUAAAUGAUAAAGACUGAAAACUCAGAAUAACUGGCACAACUGUAAACAGGAAAAGGAAAAGAAGAGGGAAAAAUGAAUUCUUUUGAGCCAUGUUGUCCUCCCUGGUGGCCUUUUUUGAAGCCUUGAUUAUCUCUGGGGUGGGUUCCCAUUUAUGGCAUGGCUCCAAACCAGCCAUUUUAACAGUCAUAAUAGAGGAGAGUGUUCCCUCUAGAGCAGGGCUCCAGACUAACUUCUUUUCCUAGGAGCACAGUGGCCCCUAACCCUAAUUUAGGGGCGCACAUCGAAAUGGACGUGCAAAGUAAAUAUUCACAUUUCCUCUCAUUUUCACUGUAUUACUGAUAAAUACUUGAACAAUAAAUGCAGAAAAUAUG